GCGGACGAAACUAGCUUUUCGCCAACCACUAUUGCUUAUUUGCUGUAGUGUAGAUUUGAAGAAUCUAAUUUUAAUCGUUCUAUUGUGAUAAUAGAGUUCAUGACGGUGCCGAGAAAAAACAAUAAUGAUCUUCCUCAUGUUGAAAAAUAUGACUCUUUAAACGGAACGUGGGAUUUUCUUAAAGAUGGCGCGUUGCAUAUUUUGGAUCGAUUGGAUGAAGGAAUGUCAAUUACUCGCUAUAUGGAGCUCUAUACGGCUAUCCAUAAUUAUUGUGCCGAUGCUUCAAAAACAAUGUCAGUAGAGAGUUUCAGCGAUCAGACCGCAAACGUUUUAGGUGAAGCUUUAUACAAUAAUUUGGUGUUAUAUCUCAAAGAAUAUUUGACGAAUUUACGAUUGACGUCACUUUCCGAAGCAACACAUGAAGAUCGUUUGGCGGCUUACGCUAAGUAUUGGACUCGUUUUACAACGUCCUCUAGGUUCCUUCAUCAUCUUUUUGGAUACCUUAACCGAUACUGGGUAAAAUUGAAAAACCGGUUUUCUGAUACUGUGGUUUACGAUAUCUACACGCUUUGCUUAGUAUCUUGGUACCAUCAUGUGUUUGCGUAUAUCUGCGAUGAUAUACUUACAAGCUUAUUAUACGUCUUUAACAGAAAACGGUCGCACGAACCUGUCGAUAUGAAGGACGUGAAAGUCUGUGUAGAUUCUAUAACGUCGUUAAGUUUUGACAAAGCAGAUAUGUCAAAGGCCAACCUCAAUUCUUACAAAGCAUUCUUUGAAUCAAGGUUCAUUUCAUCUUCUAGGGAAUACUAUGCUACUGAAUCUUCUCAGUAUAUCUCAACGCAUUCUAUAACCGAUUACCUUGGAAAAGCGGAGAGCCGUCUUUCAGAGGAAGAAGAGCUUGUACAUUUGUAUUUGCAUGAGUCCACGUUAAAACCACUGUUGGAAGCUGUCGAGGAUGAACUAAUUACUAAGCAUUCCGAAGUUUUGCAUAAUGACUUUUCGCGUAUGCUUGAUGAAAAUUGUCAUGACGAUAUUGUUAGGAUGUAUCGAUUAAUGUCUAGAACACCAAACGGCUUACAACCGUUAAGAAAGUCCUUUGAAGAUUUCGUAAAGCGAUCCGGAUUCCUUGCUGUUGCUAGAAUCGCGCCUGAAGGCGACAAGGUAUCUGAAGUAGAUCCUAAAGACUACCUUGAGAGCCUUUUGUCAACAUAUCUUUCGUCUAAAAGGCUGGUUGAGGACGCUUUUCAAGGCGAUGCUGAUUUCACGAAAUCUUUGGAUACAUCGUGCAGAGAAAUUAUCAAUCGUAAUGUAGUCUGUCAGCCUUCUUCGUCGCGCUCUCCCGAAUUACUGGCAAAAUAUUCCGAUUCUGUCUUACGAAAGAACAGCAAGGCGGCCGAGGUUGAUGAUAUUGAAAAUAUCUUAUCUUCCAUUAUCAUAAUUUUUCGCUACGUAGAGGAUAAGGAUGUGUUUCAGAACUUCUAUACGAAGCUAUUGGCUAAACGGUUGGUCAAUGGAAUGUCAAACUCUCAGGAUGCAGAAUCCGGAAUGCUUUCAAAAUUGAAGGAAGUCUGUGGAUUCGAGUACACCAGCAAGUUGCAGAGAAUGUUUCAAGAUAUUUCUUUGUCUCAGGAGCUGACCGAUUCUUUUCGUCAACUUCCAGAAAUGCAAAAGUCGCCCAUUGAUUUCUAUGCUAUGGUUUUGGGAACGUCGUUCUGGCCGUUAACAGCUAGUUCCUCUAGUUUUCAUAUCCCACCCGAAUUAAAAUCACUUUACGAACGGUUUGAAAGUUAUUAUAAUACCUGCCAUAGUGGUCGGAAAUUAAGCUGGCUUUUCCAUUUGUCUAAAGGAGAAAUCAAGGCACGAAUCAAUCCCAAUUCCACCACCACUUAUGUGUUUCAAGUAUCUACCUUUCAAAUGGCUGUGCUGCUACUUUACAAUAAAAGUGAUUCGUAUAAGUAUGAAGAAUUAAUACAGUUGAGCGGGUUGAAUCAUGACAUAUUAGUUGGAAUUCUAAACAUUUUCUUACGCGCGAAGGUUUUGUUACUUGAAGAAGGAAAGAAGCUUGGAGAGCCGGAGAGUGUCUAUACUAUUAACAAAAACUUUAAGAUGAAAAAGAUUCGUGUUCAACUCAACUUGCCCAUCAAAUCGGAGCAAAAACAGGAAGUUGUAGAAACCCAGAAAACUAUUGAGGAAGAUCGAAAGUUGCUAUUGCAAUCUGCCAUCGUGCGUAUUAUGAAAGCUAGAAGGACGCUUAAGCAUGUCGUUUUGGUCAAGGAGACAAUUGAUCAAAUCAAAAGCAGAUUUGCCCCUCAAGUCUCGGAUAUUAAAAGAUGUAUUGAUAUGUUGAUUGAAAAAGAAUAUCUAGAGCGACAGGGACGUGAUGAAUAUGUUUAUCUUGCUUGAUUUUAUUUAAUUGUUGUUUAUUAGAAUAUUAUGGUGUUAAUAAUUUAUCCUAUUUCAUUCC